GAACAACUUUUAAUAACAAAUUAUUUUCUCAAGUCUUCAUUGACCUUUGUGCUUGUUUACUGUUUUAUUUCUUUAUUAAUUUUAAUAGAUUGAAUUGAAUUUAGUUUAAAUUUAAAAUGAGAUUGUCUCUCAUUCGUAGAUGUAGACGGUUUGAUCCGUCAAAAAUGUUUGAUGAAUCGCCUGAGGAAUUGGAUAAAAUGCGAAGACGUUAUGAGUUGAGACAAAAGCUUAAAACUGAAUUCAAUCGAUUCUACUACAAUCCUUAUAAUUCAGCAUAUGGUGUUGCAUACGUCGAUCCACAAUUUGAGAGAUAUUACGCUGCCAGAUUUUACAGACUUGAUUACUGGAAGCCUACCUUUGGUUCAUUUAUUCAAUUUGUUGCUACAAUCUUCAUACCAUUUAUUAUUCUUACUAGAUUUUAUCAGAAUGAAGAAGAUAUCUAUUGGGAAAAAACGCAAAGUGGUGAAUUGACUUAUAAAAAUAGGAAGCUUUACUGUUUCUUGUAUUAAAAAAGUUGUACGAGUUAUAUUUAGUAUGAGUAGUGUACAAGUGUAGCCUCAGAUCAUGACUGAUCGCAAAUUUAUUUUCACUGUGUACGAUAAAGUCAAUCCACAUUUAAAGACUCAAAUUUUGAAUUAAAUAUUUUGUUUGAUGGACAAUCAUUGAUGAAAUUGACUUUAAAAUUUGUCAUUUGGUCUCUUUUAGCACAGUCGAGGCACCAGAUCAUUAACCAAACUCUUUAUUCGAAAGAUAGUUUCGCAUAUAUUCCUAGUCCAACAAUAAACCAUCAAACUAAAUAACCAAAAAGUUUUUUCACCAAACACAAUGCUACGAAAUACGUAUUCUGCAUUUUUUCCCCUACCCUGUUUAAACGGGAAUUUCUCAGUAACUUGAAUUCUGAUUAACUCUGAUUAUUUUUCGGACAUGUAGUUCAAUCGUGGCAUUCAGCCUGUGCAAAAAUUUCCCUUAUAAUCCUUCCCAUGCAGUAGCAAUUUUCACACAAAAAUUUGAUGUUUUGACUUUAUAUAUUGUAUGUAUGGAUUAUUUUUUUUAAAUUCAAUUUUGCAUCAUAUCUAUAUCUAA